AUAGCUAGAGGUUUGUUGAUGUUUGUCUUCCCGCCAUUUUCCCGCGUUAUUGGCUGCAUCUCCACAUUUUAUUACUAAUUAUUCUCAGUUGAUGAUACACCUUAGUGAUGGUGCCUUAGUGAUGAUGCGCGUUCCUUGGUUAACCACAGAAAAAUUAAAAUGAAGUCCAUACUGAAAUACAUAGAGGUGGAGAACUUCAAGUCUUAUCGGGGAUUCUAUCAUGUUGGUCCACUCAAGCCUUUCACGGCUGUCAUCGGCCCUAAUGGAUCAGGGAAAUCGAACUUUAUGGAUGCCAUCUCCUUUGUUAUGGGUGAGAAGACCUCAAGUUUACGUGUUAAAAGACUUAGCGACCUCAUCCAUGGUGCGUCAAUUGGCCAGCCAAUCUCUCGCUCGGCACAUGUAACAGCGGUGUUUGAAAUGGAGGAUGGCAGGGAGAAGCGGUUCACUCGAAUGGUUCAGGGAUCAUCAUCGGACCACAAGAUUAAUGGUGAUGUUGUGAGCAGUCAGACUUACAUGAAGGAACUCGAGGCACUGGGCAUCAAUGUGAAGGGCAAAAACUUCUUGGUAUUCCAAGGAGCCGUCGAGUCCAUAGCUAUGAAAAACCCAAAGGAGAGAACAGCACUCUUUGAGGAAAUUAGUGGGUCUGGGGCUUUAAAGGAAGAGUAUGACCGACUGAAGACAGAGAUGUUGAAGGCUGAAGAAGACACCCAGUUCACCUACCAGAAGAAGAAGGGAAUAGCAGCAGAACGUAAGGAAGCCAAGCAAGAGAAGGAGGAAGCCGAGAGGUACCAGAGGCUGAAGGAUGAAUUGGGUGAAAAACAAGUAGAGAUGCAGCUGUUCCGACUGUACCACAAUGAAAAGGAGAUUGCCGAGUAUGAAAAGGAGGCACGUAGAAAGCACGGAGACCUAGAGAAAGUGGAGAAAAAGAAAGAGAAGGCAGAGGAAGUGCUGAAAGAGAAGAAGAAGGAACACACAAGAGUAUCCAGGGAAAUGGCCAAAAUGGAGCAAGAUAUCAGGGAGUUGGAAUCUGAAGUGAAUAAAAAGCGACCAACAUUCAUUAAGGCAAAGGAGAGAGUGACACACAUGCAGAAGAAGGCAGAUUCAGCACGCAAGUCACUUGCCCAGGCUAUCAAGGCCCACAAUGCUCACAUGGAUGACAUCCGAGAGUUGGAGAGCGAACUGCAAGAAGUGGAGAAGAAAAGAGGCGAGUUUGAGGAUCAGGUCUCGCAGGAUUCUGAGAGUCAAGGUAAGAGUGUACAGCUGGAAGAGGUACAGGUUAAGGAGUAUCAUAAACUAAAAAAUGCAGCAGCCCGCAAGUCAGCCCAGUACCUCCAAGAACUGGACUCCAUUAACCGUGAACAGAAGUCUGAUCAGGACCGCCUCGAUAAUGCCCAACGGCGUACGGCUGAGAUAGAAAAUCGGUUACGACAAAAGGGACAUGAGUUGGAGGAGGCACAGAAGAGGGUAGAAAAACUGAUGGAACACAUACGUCAAUCUGAGGCAUCACUGGAAGAUCAGAAGCGGCUGAGACAGGAAUUGGUAUCAGAUGUUGGGUACAGCAAGGAGAGAAUAACACAGCUUCAAGAACAACUAGAGACUGUAACAGAACAACUGGGUGAUGCACGAGUUGACAAACAUGAAGAUUCUCGUAGGAAGAAGAAGCAGGAAAUUGUUGAGAACUUUAAGCAGCUCUACUCUGGGGUGUAUGACCGCAUGAUCAAUAUGUGUCAGCCCAUUCACAAGAGGUAUAAUGUUGCUAUCACAAAGGUCCUGGGCAAGUACAUGGAAGCCAUAGUGGUAGACACUGAGAAGACCGCACGUCAGUGCGUGCAAUACCUCAAAGACCAGAUGCUGGACCCUGAGACAUUCCUCCCCCUUGAUUACAUUCAAGCCAAACCUCUCAAGGAGAGACUCAGGAACAUUAAGGACCCAAGAAAUGUCAAACUCCUCUAUGAUGUUCUACAAUAUGAUCCACCAGAGAUCAAGCGAGCAGUGUUGUUUGCCACAAAUAAUGCAUUGGUGUGUGAGACACCUGAGGAUGCCUCUAAGGUGGCAUAUGAGAUGGAGGAUGGGCACAGGUAUGACGCCGUGGCAUUGGAUGGUACGUUCUUCUCCAAGUCUGGCAUAAUCUCAGGAGGUAGUUUGGACUUGGCGAGGAAGGCCAAGAGAUGGGAUGAAAAGCACUUGUCUAACCUGAAGUCAUCCAAGGAGAAGUUGUCAGAAGAACUACGAGAAGCCAUGAAGAAGUCACGUAAGGAGUCUGAGCUGAACACGGUUGAGUCACAGGUUCGUGGCAUUGAGACUAGGCUCAAGUAUUCAAGAACAGAUAAAGAAACCACAGAAAAGCAGAUUGCACAACUGCAGAAAGAGCUGGACAAACUGAAAGAGGAAUUGAAUACCUUUGAACCACAGCUACAUGAUAUAGAGAAAACUAUGUCGGAGCGUGAAGCCCUCAUGAGUGACGUUAAGGAAAAGAUGAACACUGUGGAAGACGUGGUCUUUUCUGACUUCUGCAAGUCUAUUGGCGUCACCAACAUUCGUCAGUAUGAAGAACGAGAGCUGCAAGCACAAACUGACCGUGCCAACCGUCGCUUAGAAUUUGAAAAGCAGAAAAAUCGUAUUUUGAACCAGUUGGAAUUUGAGAAAUCUAGAGACACUCAGAGUAAUGUAGCAAGGUGGGAGCGUGCCGUGCAGGAUGAUGAGGAUGCUCUCGAACAAGCCAAACAGGCAGAACAAAAGCAGAUGGGAGAGAUCGAUAAAUCCAUGCGAGAUCUGGAGAAAAAACGGUCCGAGAAAUUGGCGAAGAAAUCGGAAUGUGAUGAAAUGGAUGAUGAGAUUGGCAAGGCACGUCGAGAAGUUGGGGCCAUUGCCAAAGACAUUCAAAGUAUACAAAAGCAGAUCAAUUCCAGUGAGCACAAAAUGGAACAGAAGAAAGGAGAAAGACACUCCAUCCUGAAGCAAUGUAAAAUGGAUGACAUUCUGGUCCCCAUGACCCGAGGCAACAUGGAGGAUAUAGAGAACGAAGGACGAGAAUCUGGAGAAUCCACCUUGGAGUAUUCCUCUGGGAUGAACACUCAGAUCAUGUAUGAGAAGGAGUCAAGGAUUGUGUUGGACUACUCUUGCCUGUCAGAUUCCCACAAGGAGUUGGAUGACUCGGAUGAUGUGCAUAAGGCUGAGAAGCGCAUGCAAAAACACAUUAAUGAGCUCAUGAACACCAUACAGCGCAUUCAGGCACCUAAUAUGAAGGCGAUGCAAAAGCUCGAUCUAGCAAGAGAGAAGCUCCAAGAGACAAACACUGAGUUUGAUAGUGCUCGCAAGCGUGCCAGGAAGGCCAAACAGGCAUUUGAGAGGGCCAAGAAGGACCGCUAUGACCGCUUCAUGGCUUUCUUUGAACAUGUGUCAAAUGAAAUUGAUGGCAUUUACAAGGCACUUGCCAAGAAUCCCUCUGCUCAAGCCUUUUUGGGACCAGAAAAUCCAGAGGAACCAUAUCUUGAUGGCAUCAACUAUAACUGUGUUGCCCCUGGCAAGAGAUUCCAGCCCAUGUCUAAUUUGUCGGGUGGAGAGAAGACCAUCGCUGCGCUAGCGCUCCUCUUUGGUAUUCAUAGUUAUCAACCUGCUCCAUUCUUUGUCCUGGAUGAGAUUGAUGCAGCCUUGGACAACACCAACAUUGGCAAGGUGGCAUCCUAUAUAGUAGAGAUGAAAUCUCAUUUACAGACCAUCGUCAUCUCGCUUAAAGAAGAAUUUUAUCAGAAUGCUGAUGCCCUUGUUGGAAUUUGCCCUGAUCCGGGUGAAUGUCUAAUCAGUAAAGUGUUGACGCUGGACUUGGAAAACUACCCAGUGCAGAGAAGUGAGGACCCAGUUGGGCCUUUUGGUGCUCAGCGAUGAAAAUAAACAUGUUUCCGUGGAAGCAGCUGCGUGUCACCAGUGUUGGACUUAAUCACAGAUGUCAACCCACUAUCUAUAAAAGAGAGCAGGAUGUGUGCUGAAGAUACUGUUGACAUUUAAUUACACUUACAUGUGACAAAUAAUUUGGGGAAUUUACAAACUGUACAAAUCUUAAAUACAACUGCAUUUGAAGUUCUAUGUCUUAAUCAGUGAGGAAAAUAUAUUUAUAUUAAUCUGAUUUUAUAGCUCAUGAAGAUUAAUUUUUUGAACUCAAUGGGUUGCAUGCUAAAUGUUGCCAGUGAUCAUUAAGGAAGCAUUUUCCAUUCCCAGAAGGGUGAAGUGUAUAGCAGAUUUUUCCUCAACAUACCAACAUCCUUACAAAGCAACAGUGGGGCACAAAAAAUCUAAGCUUCCAACACUUUUGUUGGAAAUUUAAAAGAAAAAGUGGGAGUGAUCAUACUACAAGUGGACCUCAAUGUUUGUGAGGGUUUUGAUCCUGGAAAGUGCCUUGAAUGUCAAAAACACGGAUGUUGUUACUUGAACCUUAUGGGGGAAAUAGGGUUAAGGACCUUACCAUUGGUGAAGUAGAGAAAAAUAAAAUAUCUAUAAAUUAUAAGUACAAUAAAAGAGAGUAAAAAGGUAUGCUUUAGUGUACACUGUACAAUUAACUUUAGAGAAAAUUUUAAAUAAUUCUAUAAUCUAUACAGUAGUGUACUUACCACAUGAGGGUAAGCUUUGAUGAAGAUAAUUUUAAUAUAUCUGAUAAUUGAUAUUGUAAUACAGUAUUCUUUUAGUGGCAUCACAUUUUUCUUUUUAUUUGAUAAUUACUUUGCACACUCAUUUAAUACUUUAGGGGCAUGAUUAAGGCCUUGAUAGGGAGGUGAUUCACCAAGAUUAGAAAGGUCAAUCACUACUGUGAACAAACACAAGAUAUGAACAUGCUUGCUUGAGUGUCAAACAAAGGCAGUACUGUACUGUACAAUACAAUACAGUACAGUAUAAUGUUUUGGGGCCUGAGAUGUAUACAGGUUGAAAACCCCUAUCCAAAAUUCUGAAAACCGAAAAAAAACUAACCUAACCAUUCUGAAAUUGUCAAAAAUUCCGAAAUCCAAAACACAUAUGGCCCCAAGGAUUUCGGAUAAGGGAUUGUCAACCUGUACUAUGUAUGUGUAGUUAUGUCCAUGGUAAUUACAAUAUUUGAUAUAAAUAUUAUUUUUAAUUUAGUUAAUAUGUUUGAAGGUGAGACAACAACACCUGUAUACUGCACUACAUUAACAGGUGAGAGUCUUUGCUGCCCCAUUUUCUGUAAAUAGGUUUAGGAAACCACCUGUGUGGUGUUUCAUUUCUUAGGAUGUGUUUAUCAUGCAAUAGAGUCCAGUAUUUAUGUUUGUCUAUAUACAGUGCUACAGUUUAUUAUUGGUCUGCUAAAGAAUCACCUUGCCAUGCUUGAGCUCCUGACGGAGAAUUAUUAGAACCCUCACCAUAGAUGUUUAGAUGGUAUGCAGUACAUUUUGGGUCACUGAAUAGUCAAAACUGCAGAUGUCUAGUCCACAAAUGUUGAGGUCCACCUGUAUAUUAAAUUUAUUUAUAAUUAUUUUUUGAGCUUGUACAGUGAAAACCAAGCUCUUGCAACAUCUGCAAUGAACCACAAUGUUGUAAUUUUGUUCAGGCUUAACCAGUGUGAUGAAUCAAUGCCAUAUUUUUGGGGAGAGUAGAAAUGCUUUAGAAACAAAGGGAAGUUGAAAGAAUAAAUUUGUCAGGUGCACUAAUGUGAAAGUUUCUUACUUAGUAAAUGUGAGAAUGGACUGUGGAGGAGACAACUUGUGCCACUAUCUUUGACAAUAUUCAUCUCGGGUGUAGAUGUUAAAAUGAAACCCCAAGCUUGAAAGAGCAAAAACAACCAUUUGACAAUAUUUUGAUAGCAAAACCUUGAGUAUUAUUUAAGUAUUUUGUUUAUUUUAUUUUUAUUUUUUAAUGUGCCUCAUGGGCAUAGGAUGUAUUAAUUGUGCAUUUUUCUAAUUUGACAUUCUCUUUUGUUAUCCAGAAUUUUCUUUUUCUUUACUGAUGUGUAUGCUGUAUAUUUUAUGUAAUUCUCUCACCUUUGUCUUCACUUGCUUAGAACUCUCUAUCUAUGUAUGACCUUCUGUCCUUAGGUGUGGGGUGGGAGAACUCAUGUAUGUAAAUAUCGAUUUAUAUCCUUUCAUGUUGGCUUCACGUGUAAUAAUUCCCUGUCAAAUCAUUUGAGCUAAAGAGACUUACAGACUAGUGAGCUGCUGUGAAAUGUAUUCCAAUGUGCUGCAAAUUGGUGCCUUCAGUGCUCCUUUGUAAUGUUCAUUUCUAGCACUGACUGACUGUAUACAUUUUCAAUGAGAAAUUUUGAGUUAAAACAAUCCUUGUUACUUUUGUUGAAAUGAGGUGAGGAUGUUUCAGUUGUGUUAUUCCUAUUAUAAUUUGUCAAAAGGAUAAUGUAAGUCCAUUUAGCUCUCCAAGAAUCUAAGGUUACUAUAGAAUUAUUUUAUUUUGUUUUAAGGAGAUAUUUUGUAUAAACACAAAUGAAAGAUG